AUGGACUGUGGUUGUGGAGACGCGCGUGGGGGCCUGCAUCCGACGAAUGUUGAGGCGGUUUCCGUCCGUUCUGUAACUGAUGGGGAUUUUGGGACGCUCAUCACGGUAGGCGUCCAUCAGCAUGGCAGAGAACAUGAGACUGAAGAGGGUGGGCGUGACAACAAAGCCCUGCUUCACUCCAUUGGUCACUGCAAAGGCUUCAGACAGCGUUCCGUAGUCUGUGACGCGCGCCAUCAUCCCGUCAUGGAGUUGUCGUACCAUGUGGGUAAAGUGCUCCGGACAGCCAAACUUCUGCAUAACUUUCAAAAGUCCGGGCCGGUUCACCGUGUCGAAGGCUUUUGUCAGGUCCACGAACAUAGUGUAGAGGUGAGUCUGCAUCUUCUGACAUUUCUCUUGCAGCUGACGUGCGGCAAAUAUCACGUCAGUGGUGCCGCGGUGACGUCGAAAACCACACUGGCUUUCAGGCAGGAGUCCUUGCUCCAGAUGGUUAUUCAGAUGAUUGGGGAGAAUGCGAGUAAAGAUUUUACCGGCAAUAUUCAGCAAUGA